GAUCGAUGUGUGAGAGAGAAAUUAUAUGUUGCAAAUAGUGUUUUUUUUUAUACUUCGUCUUUCCGGUUUUGAUUAGAUACGGACCCGGUUAACGGGUAAUUCGACAGACAUUCGGCGAAAAAGGCCCCUCUCUGGCUUGAGACCAAAGAAAACUUAAUCCCGAUCGUGCUUUAAGGCCACGAAGAAGAAGUAGAAGAAGGAAGAAGGAUCAACGAGAUGAGCAGCAUUGGAACUGGGUACGAUCUGUCCGUGACGACCUUCUCUUCUGAUGGUCGUGUUUUCCAAAUCGAGUACGCUGCCAAAGCCGUCGACAACAGUGGAACUGUUGUCGGCAUCAAAUGUAAGGACGGAGUUGUAAUGGGUGUGGAGAAGCUUAUUGCAUCAAAGAUGAUGCUACCAGGUUCCAACCGGAGAAUCCAUUCGGUUCAUCGUCAUGCUGGCAUGGCUGUUUCUGGAUUAGCAGCUGAUGGAAGGCAAAUUGUUGCACGGGCUAAAUCUGAAGCAACGAAUUACGAGAGUGUCUACGGAGAAGCCAUACCCGUGAAGGAACUUUCUGAACGAGUUGCGAGUUAUGUACAUUUGUGCACCCUUUACUGGUGGCUCAGGCCCUUUGGCUGUGGGGUCAUUCUCGGAGGUUAUGAUAGAGACGAACCUCAACUGUACAUGAUUGAGCCAUCAGGCAUCUCAUAUAGGUAUUUUGGCACUGCCGUCGGGAAAGGAAAGCAAGCUGCUAAGACGGAAAUAGAGAAGUUGAAUCUUUCUGAGAUGACAUGCAGAGAAGGCGUAAUCGAGGUGGCCAAAAUAAUAUACAAGCUACAUGAUGAAGCCAAGGACAAGGCUUUCGAAUUGGAGAUGAGUUGGAUAUGCGACGAGUCAAAGCGAGAACAUCAGAAGGUUCCGGAUGAUCUCGUUGAAGAAGCUAAGACUGCAGCCAAAACUGCACUUGAAGAAAUGGACGCUGACUAAAGCGAGGCUACGUUUGAUUAGUUUAAAAAAAACAUUUUUUUUUGUAGCUUUGAUGAUUGAAUUGAAUGUCUCUGUUAAAGAUAAAUGUUAAAGAUAUAUAUAUA